AGCGUCACUCGGAUUCUCUCGGCUCCUCUCGGCAAGAUGGCAGCUGUUGACAUCGACAUGCCGAUGGAACCCGAAUCGGGGUCCCAGAUCUUCAAUUUAAUGGACCUGGAACGUGAGGCGGAGGUCUUCAAAGAGGAGGGGAAUGCCUUCUACAUCAAUAAAGCGUACUCUGAGGCGUUCAGCUGUUAUUCCAAGGCCAUCGAUGCCUGCCCCAAAAAUGCCAGUUACUACGGCAACAGGGCAGCCACGCUGAUGAUGCUGAGUCGCUUCCGAGAGGCUCUGGAAGACUCCCAGCAGGCCGUGCGGCUGGAUGAAUGUUUCAUGAAGGGCCACCUGCGAGAGGGAAAGUGCCACUUGUCUCUCGGCAACGCCAUGGCAGCCAGCCGCUGCUUCCAGAAGGUUCUGGAGCUGGAGCCUGGAAACAUGCAGGCCCAGCAGGAGCACAAGAACGCAUCAUCCAUAUUGGAGUUUGAGCGAGUUGCAGAAUCUGGCUUUGAAAAGCGGGAUUUCAGAAAGGUGGUGUACUGUAUGGACCGGGCCCUGGGCGUAGCCAGCGCGUGUCACCGCUUCAAGAUCCUGAAGGCCGAGUGUCUGGCCUUGCUGGGACGCUACCCCGAGGCCCAGUCGGUUGCCAGCGACAUCCUGCGGAUAGACUCGACCAACGCUGACGCCCUGUACGUGCGCGGCCUGUGUCUCUACUACGAGGACUGCAUCGACAAGGCCGUGCAGUUCUUCGUCCAGGCCCUGCGCAUGGCCCCCGACCACGAGAAGGCCCGCCUCGCCUGCAGAAAUGCCAAGGCUCUGAAGGCCAAGAAGGAGGAGGGGAACCAGGCCUUCAAGGACUGCAGCUACGAGGCGGCCUACCGCCUGUACACAGAAGCCCUGACGAUAGACCCCAACAACAUCAAGACCAACGCCAAGCUGUACUGCAACAGAGGAACCGCAGGAGUUAAGCUGACUAAACUGGAUCAAGCCAUCGAGGACUGUACCAGCGCCAUCAAGCUGGACCCCACGUACAUCAAGGCCUACUUAAGACGAGCCCAGUGCUACACAGACACUGAACAGUAUGACGACGCGGUGCGGGACUACGAAAAAGUUUACCAGACAGAGAAAACUAAAGAACACAAGCAGCUGCUGAAGGCUGCCCAGCUGGAGCUGAAGAAGAGCAAGAGGAAAGACUACUACAAGGUGCUCGGCAUCGGCAAAAACGCCACCGACGACGAGAUCAAGAAGGCCUACCGCAAGAGAGCCCUCAUGCACCAUCCGGACCGUCACAGCGCCGCCACGACAGAGGUGCAGAAGGAGGAGGAGAAGAAGUUCAAGGAGGUGGGCGAGGCCUUCACCGUGCUGUCGGACCCUAAGAAGAAGUGUCGCUACGACAGCGGCCACGACCUGGACGACGACGGUGGCUGUGGAGGCGGAGGAGGAGAUUUUGAUGCCAACAACAUCUUCAGGGCCUUCUUCGGGGGACAAGGACAAGGACAAGGACAAGGAGGAGGAGGAGGGUACAACUUUGAGUCAAGCCCAAAUGCCGGUCCUGGUAAUUUCUUCUUCCAGUUUGGUUAGCGCUGAAGGAACGUGUGACGUCGCCGUGACCCUGCCGUGGACAGUAUGAAGUCUGAUUCGCAAACUUCUCCGACGGAUCUCUUUCUCCCAGGGUUUUCUUUCUUUCUUUUUUUCUAAACUCCUUCUAUUCCUGUGCACACUUCUUUGAGGACUCCCUCCCCCCCCCCCC